CUUUGAUUUUCUCUCUCUCUCUCUCUUUCCUUCCUUCCUUCCAUUGUUCAAUUUUAUUUUGAUCAAAAUCCAAAACCCUUGAAAUCUCGUCAAUAGAUUUUUCAAAACAAUCACAUCUGAUCAUUUCCAUCGCUGCAUUACCCUCGAGUUGCAUUCCAUCUAUCCUCUUCCUUGCAUACAAUUUCACGUCUGUAUUGAUACACUCCGGUAUUGCCAAAGAAAAUGAGCACUCGCGGUUCUAGGGUUUCGAUUCCGAACAGUGUUCGCAAGACGAUCCAGCACAUCAAGGAGAUCACAGGAAAUCACAGUGAAGAUGACAUAUACGCAAUGCUGAAGGAGUGUUCUAUGGAUCCUAACGAAACCACUCAGAAGCUACUUUUCCAAGAUACUUUCCACGAAGUCAAGAGGAGGCGUGAUAGGAGAAAGGAGAAUGUGAACAACAAAGAAUCCGGAGAAUCGAAGUGGAGACCUGGCAUACAAGGACGGGGGAAUAGGGGAGGGAGGGGAAGCUAUUCACCUCGUUAUACAGCUUCUGAUGAUGUUGGUGGAAGGAAUGCUCCUUUGGGAAAGGAAAAUGGAACUGAUCAGUUGGGAGAAAAGAGCGGGGGACUCUCAAUUUUGCCUAUCUCUCAAUUGAAAAAUAAAGAUACAGUCACUGUAACAAGCUCUGUAACAGCUGUAAGUAACAGCCCUACUGUUGAAGAUGCUAUCCACUUGCCUUCAGGUGGUUCAGUCAAUGAAUUGGAAGGUCGAUCAGCUGUUGAAAUGAAUAAUCUGGUUAGUCCACCUAUAGUAAUUCCUCCAAUUGACACAAAGCAAAAGUCCAGCACUACUGUGGCAAGCCAUGAACUGCUGGGAUUGGGAUUGAGCAACAACUUGACUCCUAGAAAUCAAGCAUCUUCUUCUGGAGUCUAUUUCUCUGCCUCUGACCCUGUUCUGGUGCCAUCUCAAGACACAAGACUUCCUGGCUCCAUUGGUGCAAUUAAGCGUGAGGUGGGAAGCCAGCGAGCUCCUGUAGAACACAUUUCAGUUGUCUCUCAAGAGAACAAACCAAAUACUGAAGCUUCUGAAGUAAGGAACUCCUCCAUGCCUGAAAAGAUGCCAGCUAAGUCUGUAAAGAAACAAGAGUCUGCUCAACUUCCACAGUCUCGUACAAGUACUGCUGUUAACAGACCUUUCUCUAACUAUAACAGUAGGUCACAUCAAUCAACUGGUCUUGCUAAGGCGCUUCCUGCUAAAGAGUGGAAGCCUAAGCAUGCAAAAUCUGGAGCCACUACUAUGCCAGAUGUUCAUUCUACUGUAGAAAAUGAUGUCCAAGCUCAGGUUGUAUGUCAUGACCUUGAUUCAAGUGAACCAGCAGCAGCUUCUGACGUGCAGAGGAAGCUAGAGGAUUUGCAAUUUCCACAGGGUUUGCAUGUUAUCAUCCCCAAUCAUCUUCAUGUUCCAGAAGACCUGAAAGUUGGUUUUGUGUUCGGGAGUUUUGAUGUGAAUUAUGGAUCCAAAACUGGCUGUGAUGAUGUGCCAAAGGCGGUUGAAGAGACAAUAGAACAAUCUUCCAGCAGUAUCCAGAAUGCAAUAGAGGCUUCUCAGGAAAGAGAUUAUGCAGAUCAACCAGAAUCACCUGAACAGGUGCAAGAAAGCUCGUCACCUGGCGAGAUUAACACCUCAUCAAAUGAAGCCCCGGAGUAUAAAGAGUCUGACCAAGAAGUCUCUCUACAUCCAACAAGUCAUCCAUAUCCUUUAAUUCAUACAUCAUCUGGCUACAAUUUUGGUUACAUGCCAACAGUGGUUGGUGGUCAGCUUCCUCCAUUUGACAGUUCUGAAUCUCAAGCACGUGAUGUUCCUCACAUACCAAGCUUUGUAGCACCACAACCAUUUGAUCCAAGCAGCUAUUAUGGUCAGUUUUUUCGGGCUGGUGUGGACACUGAUGGUCGCAUUUCCCCUUUUCAUUCAACUGGGCCUGCAGUUUUGACUUCUCAAUCUUCUGCUGAGGGAGGGAACUCGGUUGUUUUAUCCAUCACAUCAGGCCCAUCUUCUGUAGUGGCUGAAGCUACUGGCAUCAUGCAAAGUUCAUUACCCGUGUUUCGACAACCGACUGGGAUGCACUUAACCCAUUACCCACCAAACUACAUUUCUUAUGGCCCUUACUAUCCUCCAUUUUACGUUCCUCAUACAUCUUUGCAUCAGUUCUUCCCUCAACAACCUCAACUUGGAAGCAUAUAUCAGGUGCCUCCUCUUGGGACAGCUAGCAAAUAUCCAUUUUCACAAUACAAGCCCGGAAUUAAUUCAGGGAAUUCCAAUCAUGGUGGAGUUCCUAUAAGUUUUGGAUCAUAUGGGUCCUCACCGGUUAGUUUUAUUAACCACAGUUCUGCUGCUUCCACAUCUGCAAACUCUACUGUUGAUGGAGAUCUUACUGGACAACAGUAUAAGGAAAACAAUGUAUACAUCUCUGGACAGCAGACGGAAGGUUCAACAUUGUGGAUUGCUGCACCUGGGCAAGAUAUUUCAGGGUUGCACCCAAGUUCAUUCUAUAACAUCCCUCCUCCACAUGCUCAAAUGAAUUUAGCGCCAAAUCAGGCUGGACAUGGCACAUUUGCUGGAAUUUAUCAUCCUCAAGCAGUAACAGCAGCAGCACCAAUUGUUCUUCCUCUUGUGCCACAUUCUUCUCUGUCCAUGGCUGCUGCUGCUUCUGUUGAUAUGGUGGCUCCCACUGCCCCCGAUCAUCAGCAGCCUCAGCAUUCACAAACAAAUUUGCCAAAUAACUACUGAAGAUGAGAUUUGAUUACAAUGGACAGACAAUGUUAAGUGGCUGACUACUAUUGUUGAAGAUUUUGGAUGGUAUAUAAACCUCAUAAAAGGUAGUGGAGAAUUGGUAAUAGUUGCUUGUGAUUUCCUCCUUUUGGCGUGUCCCAGUUUAGGUAUAUUUAAGGUUGGUUAGGGUUUUCAUGGGUGUCUCCUUACUUACCCCUGUAAAGAAGUGAAUUUUUGCUAGCCGAUAAGCAAUGAAUGUAAUUAUUAAGACUGUUGUAAUUGAUUCCAACUGAAUCAUCAUUCAAUAAUUAUACGAACUCGUGUGGAUCUGAUGGU